AUGUACAGGGGUCAGCGCUUGCGUGCACAGCCGACACUCCUCCCGGUAGCAGAGGAGGAGAAGGAGAGCGUAAAACCUAGAAUUCGUUUUCUCUGCUGGAAUGCUGGUGGUUUGUCGAGCGUACUCUAUGCUGAGAUCUGCGUUUGGAUGAUGCAACCAAAGCAACAGAAUAUCGGAAUCUUCAUGAUACAGGAGACACACUGGGAUUUUACAUCGGACUGGGUCACGGAUGAGUGGUGUCUCUGCCAUUCGGCCACCAGUAAGAAGGGCAGUGGCGGUGUGCUUAUCGGGAUUCGUAGGAAGCUGGUGGAUCCGAGCACGAUACGUUGGCACGAUCAUGUGCCUGGCAUGUUGCUGCAAGUGAGAUGCCAGCUUGGCAAGCAGCAGCUUGACAUCAUCUGCUUGUACCAGCAUGCGUACCUCAAUCAGGCCGGUCAGUCUGAUGCAAUCCUGAUGAAAAGACGUCAGCUUUGGGGCUCCUUGGAGUCCCUCCUGGCUUCGCUUCCAGUCCGUUCUCAUGUCAUACUGGGGGGCGAUUUCAACGCCCAGCUGCGCAGCGAAUCCAAGAUUGUGGGCAUGGGCCUGCUGAGCAAGGAUCUCACAGAGAAGGAGAAGGAGGACAGGGAGUUGCUGAUGCAAGCCCUUGCUAGGCAUCGUUUCUGCGUUCGCAACACCUGGGGUGCAAAAAAGUACGCUAGCACGUAUUUCCAUCCUAAAGCAAUCAGUCAGCUGGAUUAUGUCUGUGUCAGACAGCCGCUUGCGGAUGGUGUAGCCAAGCAAACCAGAGCAACGUCCUUUCCGCUGGCGGGCUGGCGAUCUGUUGGCCAUCGGCCACUCGUGGGAUCGGUACCGAUUCGCUGGACGCCCUGGGCGCGCAAACAAAAGGUCACACAGACAUCAGCGAAGCGUGACUCCUCACAGCUGCUUUGGCUGAGCGCGCACCCGGGGAAGCAGACCAUCAGUGACCUUCGAGAUGCCGUACAAGAUGUAGGCGGCACUCCACCCGAGAAGCCAAGCAAGCCACAGUUGGAAGCUGUAGAUGGUCUGGUGCUGUCAUGUUGGGACAUUCGACGGGCCAUGGUAGCUGCUCAGAGGCAGUUUCAUCAGAGCAUGAAGUUCAUCUUUUUGUUCUUUUGGCUUAAGAUCAAAUACCAAAAGGCCCAUCGGCUUCUUAAAAGGGCCAUGCGAGCGCGGAAAAGGAAACAGACUAUUCAGCUGCUUGAGCAAGCCGAGCGCGCAGCCAACAACAAAGACUCACGUGCUCUCUUCGGGGUCAUUCGACUGCUAUGUCCGGGGGGCAGAGCACAGCGUAUCAGACUUCGAGGCGGCGAAGGACAGCUGCUCACAGGGGCUGAGGAGUGCGAGGCUCUCGCGAGGUAUGCGCAGAAGUUGUUCGCCGAUGCGACGUACAGGGAAUUGCCGCUACUACCCAUCCCAGAGGAAUUCUUUUAG